GAGCAAGCAGAUAAACUCUCCGGCACUUUUAAAUGAGGGUAGAGAGAGAGAAGAAGGUUGGUAAUGGAGAAACGAUCAAGAGAAUUUAAAACCCAUAACCUCUCUCUCUCUCCUCCCGCUGUCAAACGCCAUUAAAUCCCCCCAUCAGUAUCAGUUACGCAAUUUCUCAAGGGGAGACAGGUAAGGAGAGAGAGAGAUUUUGGAACGUGUAAUGAAUGUAAAAGGAGCGAAAGGUGGGAGUGAUGAAAGCACUAAUGGCUAAUGGCUGCUUAUGAUAGGCUCGAGAACAAAGACCCGGAGACAGAGAUUUAUUACUCUCUCUCUCUCUCUUUUUUUGCUCCUCCCUCCUCCCAUUAUCUUUUUUUUCAGAUUCUCUUCCGUUACAUUUCUCUUUUGUUCAAAGUUUGAAACUUUGUUCCCUCUUUUUCUCUUUGUUGUUUUAAUGACGACAGUUGUGUGAUGGUCCAGAGUUAGCUACUUCACUUGUUUUGGUUUAAAGGGUAGAGGAAACUGUUUCUUUGUCCACAAACACAUUUAUACUUUGAAUAAAGAUGGAGUUUCUCGGCGACAGCUCUGAAACGGACAAGAAGACGAUGAAGAAGAAGCGUUUCCACCGCCACACACCUCACCAGAUCCAACGCCUUGAAUCAGCUUUCAAUGAGUGUCAACACCCAGAUGAGAAACAGAGGAUGCAACUUAGCAGAGAAUUGGGUUUAGCUCCAAGACAGAUCAAGUUUUGGUUUCAGAACCGAAGAACACAAAAGAAGGCACAACACGAGAGAGCUGAUAACUGUGCACUCAAGGAAGAGAACGAUAGGAUUCGUUGCGAAAACAUUGCUAUCAGAGAAGCUCUCAAACACACAAUCUGCCCCACCUGUGGUGACGCUCCUUCUCAUGAAGACUCUUACUUCGAUGAACAGAAGCUCCGAAUCGAAAAUGCGCACCUUAGAGAAGAGCUCGAAAGGGUUUCAAGCAUUGCAGCUAAGUUCAUGGGGAGACCACUUUCUCAUCUCCCACCACUACUAAAUCAGAUGCCAUUCCACAGUGGUGGUCCUUCGCUUGAUUUUGAUCUUAUUCCUGGAAGUGGUUCUUCAAUGGCUGUUCCUACUUUACCAUCUCAACCAAACUUGGUUUUAUCAGACAUUGAUAAAUCUGUUAUGACCAACGUUGCUGUGACCGCUAUGGAAGAGUUGAUUAGGCUUACGCAAACAAACGAGCCACUAUGGAUCAAAAAUGAUGGAGCAAGAGACGUUCUCAACCUCGAAAGCUAUGAGAAUAUGUUCCCGAGAGCAAGUAGCCGUGGAGGAAAGAACCAUAACGUUCGAGUGGAAGCAAGUAGAUCUUCUGGCAUUGUUUUUAUUAAUGCUAUUACACUUGUGGACAUGCUCAUGGACUCUGACAAAUCUGCAGAGCUUUUUCCCUCAGUCGUUGCAUCAUCUAAAACUCUUGCAGUGGUUUCAUCUGGAUUGCGUGGGAACCACGGAGAUGCUUUGCAUUUGAUGCUUGAAGAGCUUCAAGUGCUUUCGCCAUUGGUUCCAACACGUGAGUUCAGCGUGCUAAGAUACUGUCAGCAAAUCGAACAUGGAACUUGGGCUAUUGUUAAUGUCUCAUAUGAGCUUCCUCAGUUUAUAUCUCAUUCUCGGCCGUAUCGUUUUCCUUCUGGUUGCUUGAUUCAAGACAUGUCCAAUGGCUACUGCAAGGUUACUUGGGUUGAACAUGUUGAAAUCUCGGAGCAAGAGCCUAUUCAUGAGAUGUUUAAAGAUAGUGUCCGUGAAGGGUUAGCUUUUGGAGCUGAACGUUGGAUCGCUACUCUCCAAAGAAUGUGCGAGAGAUUCGCGGCUCUUAUGGAACCCGCAACAUCCUCAAUGAUUCCAUCCCCGGAAGGGAAGAGAAGUAUAAUGAAACUUGCUCAAAGAAUGGUUAGCAACUUCUGCUUGAGCGUUGGCACAUCUAACAACACUCGAUCAACGGUUGUGUCGGGAAUGAAUGAGUUUGGUAUCCGUGUGACUUCGUACAAGAGCCAUCACGAACCAAACGGAAUGGUUCUGUGUGCAGCCACCAGCUUCUGGCUCCCAGUUUCUCCACUUAUCGUAUUCAAUUUCCUCAAAGAUGAAAGAACUCGUCCUCAGUGGGACGUUCUCUUGAAUGGAAGUUCAGUUCAAGAAGUUGCUCAUAUCGCAAACGGUUCACAUCCAGGAAACUGCAUUUCUGUUCUUCGUGGGUUCAAUGCAUCAUCAUCACAGAACAACAUGCUGAUUCUACAAGAAAGCUGCGUAGACUCAUCAGGCUCGCUUGUGGUCUACACUCCAUUGGAUUUACCAGCACUGAACAUGGCAAUGAGCGGUCAAGACACAUCUUACAUUCCCAUUCUACCCUCGGGUUUUGCAAUUUCACCAGAUGGAAGCAGGAGUAGCCAGAUCCCAGAGCUUAAAGUUGAAGGAGGAGGUAGUGGUGGUGGUGGUUCAUUGAUAACGGUUGGGUUUCAGAUAAUGGUGAGUAGCUUGCAGUCAGGAAAAUUGAAUAUGGAGUCAAUGGAGACAGUUAAUAACCUCAUCAGUUCCACUGUCCACCACAUUAAAACCACCUUGAAUUGUCCUUCAACUGCUUGACGACGCCAUUAAUAGCUCAUUUUCCCCAUCUGAUUUCUGAUAAGGGUCAUUAAUGAUCAGAGGAGUGAAAGUUAUUAAGCACUUAUUCUACUUUCAGUGCCAGCAAAGAGUGUAAGAAAAUCAUUACUCUUCUGGUUGUCUGUCUCCUCUCUUCACUCUCUUGUUCAGAUUUUGUUUCUGAAGUUUUUUUUUUUUGUGUUUUGAGAAUGGUAAUAUUUGGUGGGAGGUGGGAGUCAAGAACGCACCAUGCCUUUUAUGUAUGGUUCGGGCAUUGACUUCUGUUUGUUUCUUUUGUCUAGUUACAAAUUGUUUCUUGAAUGUUGUCCAUGUUUUAUCUGUCACCUGUCACCGUAAAUCCCUUUUUUUUACCACUGAACUAUAGUUAACAAUCGGUUCAUCAACCUAAGAUGAUGUGAGGUCAUGCAUUAAAGCAAAUGAUUUGAAAAUCUGAAACAAAAAAAGAUCACAAACGUAACAAGCCUUGACAUGAUACUUCAAACGUAUUUGACAAUAUUUUAUAACUCGGAACGUUUUCAUUACCUUACAGUGUUCCUGCAGCAACCGUUUCCAAGAAUCGGCCAUGUCUAAUUUUUUUAUUUUUGUAAAAGAAAAAAGACAAGGUAGAACAUGGAGAUGCGGGUGCUAUGUCUAAUUUGUACUCUCAAUCACCUAAAAUUCCUCUACAGAUGAACAGAUCCUCUCCAACGCUGCAGAAACGUCUCUUACAUCUGUCAGAUUCUUUCUACCCUGUCUUCUUCAGACACCUCAUUGCCAGAUUUGCUACUGCAAUUACUGGCCACUGCUUGCAUUCAUUUCCUUGUUUUUCGCGCCAAUCGCUACAGUUUGGUUUCAAACUUUCAAUCAAAUUAAUAGCUGCCAACCGGAAUCUGGUCCGGUUAACUGUACAACAAUUUAAAGACGGAAAAUAAGCGAAAUGGGCCGAGACUGAAAUUACUACUGUCAAAGGCCCAUGGGCCUAAAAUUGAUAACGAUCGUUUGAUGAAUUGAAUUUAAAAAAAAGUUAGGCGACACCGAUUAAGAUCACCGGCGGAGUCUCAGAUCUCCGCCUAACAUUCUCCGAGGAUCGUAACUUUUAGCUACAAAUCUACGCUUUUGUCCGUUGACUUUCGAAAACUGGUGGUUAUAAGUCAAAAUCCCUUUUCUCUCUAUAUCUCUCAUUGAGACAUUGUUCUGAACUAAUAUACUUCAACAAUGGCGGACGCCACAGGAUCCGGUACGUGAACCUUCAAGUUUCGAUACAUUUUAGAUCGAAAAGCGCCUUGAUUGUGCAAUCCGUUGUAGAUUUUCUCGUAAUUUUGAAACCAGGUUCGUUUAUGUCGGAAAAAACCGCGAAGAUCUUUGUCGCGGGACACAGAGGAUUGGUCGGAUCCGCCAUUGUCCGAAAACUCCGAGAAUCCGGUUUCAAAAACCUCCUCCUUAAAACCCAUUCCGAGCUUGACCUCACUAACCAAUCCGACGUCGAAUCAUUCUUCGCCACAGAGAAACCUGCUUACGUCAUCCUCGGUGGGAUCCACGCCAACAACACGUACCCAGCUGACUUCAUCUCCGUCAUUCUCCAAAUCCAAACCAGCGUCAUCCACUCUGCCUACACGCACGGCGUGAAGAAGCUUCUCUUCCUCGGCUCCUCUUGCCAAGGCAAACGAUGCUGAAGAAGUUGUGGUGUGGGGAAGUGGAACUCCGUUGAGGGAGUUUUUGCACGUGGAUGAUUUGGCUGAUGCUUGUGUUUUCUUGAUGGAGAGGUACAGUGGGUUUGAGCAUGUUAAUGUGGGGAGUGGUGUGGAAAUGACGAUCAAGGAGUUGGCUGAGUUCGUUAAGGAGGUUGUUGGGUUUGAAGGGAAGCUUGUUUGGGAUUGUAGUAAGCCUGAUGGAUAGCUCGAAGCUUGCGGCUUUGGGGUGGACACCGAAGGUUUCGAUUAGAGAUGGGCUGCGUCAGACUUAUCAAUGGUAUUUGGAGAACGUUGUGCAGAAGAAAGAGUAAAAGAAAAUCAUUCAGGUGAUUGCGUUUAUUUAAACGCCAAUGUUUUUUUGCGUCUGCGUUUUGGGUCUAUGUCUCUGUAUCGUAUGUAACUUUUGUAUUAAUGGAUUUCAUAUUACUGAGCAAAUUAAGCAGACUUAAUUUACUAAUAAAACCAAUUAUGUUGAGAAUAUCAAUAAUCAAAUCCCCUAUUUAAUACACAAACGUUCCAAUGGACAGUGAUUUAAGAUUCACUUUCGUGUGCAAAACGCUAUAGAACGCUGGAAACGAUUGAACGCCAUUUUAAGUUGGGCCAACAGGUGUUCCAAUUAUUGGGCCAAUAGGUGUCGCAGUUAUUGGGCCAUAACUUUAUUCGAGACAGGUUAAACGAUCCAACGGUGGAGAUUGAGGCUUCCUUAUGGAGCUUAUGAUAUCUAAACCGUUGGAUCAAUAAAUGAGCUUUGGCUUCGAUAGCAUAUAGUUAAAGACGCAAAACUCUCUUGCGCCGCCCGCGUCUCUCUCUCUUCGCUUGUUAUCUCUUUCCACUCUCUGUAGAAACACAGAACCCUAAUCAUCAAAAUCUCAAGAUGAAUCGCGAGAAGUUGAUGAAGAUGGCCAACACUGUCCGCACUGGCGGCAAGGGUACAGUUAGAAG